CAGAGCCCCCAGAAAUGCUGCUCCCUGGACUCGGGCCCCGGGCCCUGGCCGCCCUCGGCCUCUGCGCUGUGGUCCUGGCCUGUGUUGUGGAUUGCCAGCGAGGAGUGCAUGCAGGCACCCCGAGCCCCCCGACCCCCCCGCCCGGUCUGGCAAGUAGUUCCUGGAACCGGGUGCGUGAGAAGGUGAAGGGGCUGGUGGCGCUGGUGACAAAGACCAGAGACACGUGGCAGUGGUUCCAGGUCCCCCCAGCCGUCCAGGGCUUUGUGCAGACCUACUAUGAGGACCACCUAAAGGACCUGGGUCCCCGCGCCCAGGCCUGGCUCCGAAGCUCCAAGGACAACCUCCUGAACAAGGCCCACAACCUGUGCCCCCAACUUCUCUGUGGGGAGAGGGACCGGGAUUAAAGUGUUCACAGCCUCCACAAUAAAGACAUUCUUGUCUGUG